GACAAGCCCUUCUCCAAGCUGCAGGAGACCCGUAAGAUCUUCGAGAGGAGCCCGCAGGAGAAGGCCACCACCACCAAGCUCUUGCUCCGUAAGGAACGUGCCGGCUUCCAGGACCGUAAGCUGGACGUGGUGGUGAGGUUCAACGGCAGCACCGAGUCCCUGGACAAGCUGGACACCGAAGCUGUCUCGCCCACCGUCAGCCCGCUCCGCCCCCGCUUUGUCUUCAGCACUUACUCCAACGAAGACUAUGACCGCCGCAAUGAAGACGUCGACCCCAUGGCCGCGUCGGCCGAGUACGAGCUGGAGAAGAGGGUGGAGCGGCUCGACCUCUUCCCCGUGGAGCUGGAGAAAGACUCCGAAGGGAGGGGAUGGACCUUGUCCCCCCCACCCGAUAUGGGGCCGGUGCCUCGGUUUCCCCAGACGGGCGAGUAUGCCACGGAUGAGGAGGAGGAGAUGAGCCCCAUGUUCCCCAGCGGUGAGAUGGCCAUCGAGGUGUUCGAGCUGGCCGAGAACGAGGACACGCUCUCCCCCGUGGAGAUGGACCCCGAAAAGCUGGUGCACAAGUUCAAGGAGCUCCAGAUCAAGCACGCCGUCACCGAGGCCGAGAUCCAGCAGCUGAAGAGGAAGCUGCAGUCCCUGGAGCAGGAGAAGGCACGCUGGCGGGCUGAGAAGGCCCAGCUGGAGCAGAGCGUGGAGGAGAACAAGGAGCGGAUGGAGAAGCUGGAGGGGUACUGGAUGGAGGCGCAGAACCUCUGCCAGGCCGUGGACGAGCACCUCAAGGAGACGCAGGCCCAGUACCAGACCCUGGAGCGCAAGUACAGCAAGGCCAAGAGGCUCAUCAAGGAGUACCAGCAAAAGUGA